AUGUCUGGCCCCGCCCACCUGUCCUGGGACACGUGGCAGGCCCUGCCCGCCCGUCCCCGGACACAUGGCGGGCCCUGCCCACCCAUCCCGGGACUCGUGGCGGGCCCUGCCCGCCCGUCCCAGGAUAUUGGUCUGCCCCCAGGCCCCGGCCCAUCCCGGAACGCCGUGGGAACGCCGCUGGUCCCAGGCAGUCCUGGACACCCGGUGCAGCCCCCUCCCCCGGCCCAUCCCGGGACACGCGUUUCAGGCCCCGCUCCGCCCUUCCCCGCCAUGGGGGAGGGGGGAGGACACCGUGGGCGGGCCUCGCCCCGGCCCAUCCCCGACCCGUGGCAGGGCCCGCCCUUGCCUUCCGGACUGGGAACGAAGCGGCAGGGCCUCCGCCUGCCGUCCCUGGGACACGUGGCAGGGCCUUACCCGCCCUGCCUGUCCCGGGACGACGUGGCCAGGCCUCACCCAGGCCUGUACCCUUCGGGACCCCAGCUGUCUCAGGACACGUAUUGGGCGCUGCCCGCCCGUCCCAAGACACGUCGCGCGCCUCGCCCGCCUGUCCCGGACACGUGGCGGGCACCACCCACCUGUCCCAGGAAGCGUGGCGGACCUCGCCCGCCUGUCCCGGGACACAUGGCAGGCCUUGCCUGCCUGUCACGGGACGCAUGGCGGGCCUCGCCCACCUGUCCCGGGACACGUGGCGGGCCUCAGCCACCUGUCCUGUCAUAG